AGAGUCAAGAAGAUGCUUCAAAGGAGUAGAGUCAACAAAUGUAGAACUUCGGACAGAUUUAACGAGAUAGAGAAAUGCUGCGAUCACGGCGGCGCUCUCCUUACGGCGCCUACUUAUGCGCCGUGAUAUCCGCCGUCCUCCUCCUUCUCUCCGUCUCCCUCCUCUACUCUCGCCUCUCCCUCUCCCACCCUCCCUCCAACCACCUCCCUCGCCCCUCCCUCAUCCACGACGACGACGCCGAUCCCUCCACCUCCGACCCCAUUGACGAGCUCGACAUCAUCGUAGAUGAAAACCAACAGGAGGACCGCCCUCUCCACCUCAACACUCCCUCCUCCGCCUACUUCUUCGAUCCCAUCUCCGCCGCCAUCCGCCGCGCCUUCCUCUCCCCUCCUUCCUCCAUCCACCAAUGGCACUCCUUCGACAACGACGACAACAAAUUCUCCGCUCCCGUCGACCGCUCCAUCACCGCGUUUGGCUCUGACGACGUCCACCUCCACGAUUACCUCCGGAGCAAGACAACGCCGGUAACCUCAAUCGAGGACGCUCUUCUGCUCAAAUCCUCUCCGUUGAGGCAUGGCUGGGGUCACUGGUUCGAGAAGAAAGGCCUCUUUCUCAGAAAAGAUAGAAUGUUCAGGUCGAGUUUCGAUGCGUUGAAUCCAGUUAACAAUCCACUGCUUCAAGAUCCCGACGGUGCCGGCGUCACUGGCUUCACCAGAGGUGACAGGAUCCUUCAAAAAUGGUGGUUGAAUGAGUUCAAGAGAGUGCCCUUCCCCGGCAAUAAAAACCCUAACAAGUUACCGAUCGUGACGAAGAAAUUAGGAACGGAGCGUAAGACUUUGAAUGAUGAUGAAAACAACAAGGGUUCAUUGGGUGAUAUCAUUGAUGAUAGGCAUCAUGAGUUUAGGAAUCAUAUAUAUGCAGAUGGUAACACUUGGGGGUAUUUUCCCGGGUUGCCGCUGCGAUUGUCGUUCGAUGAUUUCAUGGAAGCGUUCUUCAGGAGGGGAAAAUGUGUGAUGAGGGUGUUUAUGGUGUGGAAUUCUCCGCCUUGGAUGUACACCGUUCGCUAUCAGCGUGGCCUCGAGAGCCUGCUGUUUCACCACCCUAAUGCCUGUGUUGUGGUGUUUUCCGAGACAAUUGAGCUUGAUUUCUUCAAAGAUAGCUUUGUCAAGGAUGGUUACAAAGUUGCUGUUGUUAUGCCAAAUCUUGACCAGCUGCUGAAGGAUACGCCUGCUCACAUUUUUUCCUCUGUUUGGUUUGAAUGGAGAAAGACCAAGUUUUAUCCCACUCAUUUCAGCGAGCUCAUCCGUCUUGCAGCUCUGUACAAGUAUGGUGGCAUCUAUCUAGACUCAGAUAUCAUAGUUUGGAAGCCGAUUUCUUUCCUUAAUAAUUCUGUCGGUGUGGAGGAGCAUGCUCCUGGUGCUGGUAGCGCUUUGAAUGGUGCUGUGAUGGCAUUUGCAAAGCACAGUCUAUUCAUAAAGGAGUGCAUGGAAGAGUUCUAUACGACAUAUGAUGAUACUAAUCUGAGAUGGAAUGGUGCUGAUCUGUUGACAAGGGUUGCACGAAAGUUUAUGGGAGAUGAUAAUAAAUCUAUUAAACAGUUGGACUUGAAAGUGGAGCCCUCUCAUAUCUUCUUUCCUAUCACUUCUCAGAAUAUCACAAGAUAUUUUAUUGCACCGGCAACGGAGACUGAAAAAGCUCAGGAAGAUGUUCUUCUUAAAAAAAUAAUGCAGGAGUCAUUGACAUUUCAUUUCUGGAACAGCUUGACAUCUGCUCUCAUCCCAGAACCAGAUAGCCUUGUGACUAGGCUUAUGAAUUAUGCUUGUAUCCGAUGCUUGGAGUUGUUGUAAAUGUAAACUUCCCCCAAUUCUGUCUUGAGCUUCCAUUCAGUAUCACAAAUUAGGAAUGCUUAUGCUCUAGUUUUGGCUAAUAGCAAGAUUAUAGUCCUUGAUGUCAUGAUUCAGCUCUUAACAUUGCAGUCAAGAAGAAAACGACAUCGCGAGUUCUUUCUGUGUAGUUGUAUAUUUUUGUUGUAUAGUGAAAGCGGAGUACUAGGUUAAACUCCACUACUAGAAGAGUUAAAAUAUGCUUACUUUUUGUAGAGCAGAACCAGCGUCAUUAGUAUUAUGUUUUUUUUUGUUAUAACUAUUAUUAAGUGGGUGGUUCUUCCUUUUAAGCA